AUGUUCCUAAAGUGUGGUCUAGCCUGGAGAUUACCACUUGGAUCUCGCGUACCAUGUAAAAGGUUUAUUAGCUACACAUUUCCUCGUCCAAAUUCUAAGCUUGCACAUCCGAAGGAACUAUUUACUGAAGAGGGUAGAGCGAAGGCUCGCGAGGAGCGAAUAAAGGGUUUAGGCCCAUAUGUCUCCAAGCUUCCAGAGAAAUUGAUACCCUAUGCUGAAUUGAUGCGGUUAGAAAAGCCUGUCGGGACAUGGCUAUUGUAUAUGCCCUGCACGUGGUCUAUAACAGUAGCUGCUAUGCAGACAGGAGCGCCAAUAACCUCUACGCUAACAAUGUUGGGUCUUUUUGGAGCUGGUGCAAUUUUUGCGAGAGGUGCUGGUUGUACCAUUAAUGAUUUAUUGGAUAGGAACUUAGAUAACAAGGUAAUUAGAUCCGUCGAGCGCCCACUCGCAAGUGGCCGUGUUACACCAACCCAGGCUAAGAUAUUUUUUGUAUUUCAAACGGCAUUGAGUGCUGGAGUGCUGCUCAUGCUCCCGUCCAGUUGUUUCUGGCUGGGAUUUGCAUCUUUCCCAAUUGUUUGCACUUAUCCAUUAUUUAAGAGGUUCACGUACUACCCGCAAGUUGCCCUCUCAUCGUGUUUUGCAUGGGGCGCAUUAUUGGGCUUCCCCGCUAUGGGAGUCAUGGAUGUCCCUACCAUGAUUCCACUGUACUUAAGCAGUUUCCUCUGGUGUAUGACUUAUGACACGAUAUACGCACACCAGGAUAAGGUUUUCGAUAAGUCUGCAGGGAUCAAAUCCACUGCAUUGAAGUGGGGCAAGCACUCGAAAAAAAUUAUGCAAGGAAUGUCUGUUGCACAAGUGGGAAUGCUGUAUUUGGCUGCCUUUAAUGGUGGCUUCUUAGCAGGACCAGGUUUCAUUGCCGGUUCCGCGAUAUUCACUUACAGAUUGUUCAAUAUGAUCAGGAAAGUCAAUUUGAACGAUCCAAAGGACUGUUGGAGAGCAUUUUUAAGUAACAUUAACUCAGGGCUAUACUUAACAGCUGCGCUGUUUUUUGACUUCUUACUGGGGAGCUUUGGGCUAAUUUAA